AUGACUCAAAACUACCCAAUUCUUAACCUUGCUCGUAUUAUACUUUUCAUCAAGGAUAUGAGGAACCAAAAAAAGUAUACAGUUGGUGUAUUAGCUCUACAAGGUGCUUUCAAAGAGCAUAUUCAUCUACUAAACCAAGCAACAAAUAACUACGAUAGCUAUGAAAUAUCCUAUAUUGAAGUUAGAAAUCAACAACAAUUGUCCACUUGUGAUGCAUUGAUUGUUCCCGGAGGAGAAUCUACUUCAAUGUCAUUGAUUGCAGAGAGAAGUGGCAUGUUAGAACCUUUAGCAAACUAUGCCCUUUUAAAAAAACCAAUUUGGGGAACUUGUGCAGGGUUGAUUUUUUUAUCAAAGCAAGUUAUAAAUGGUUCUCCUGGUCAAAAAUUAAUUGGUGCUUUGGAUAUUCAAGUCAAAAGAAAUGCAUUUGGAAGGCAGCUUGAUUCGUUCGAACAAAAUCUUGACUUUACUUCAUUUAUUCCUGGUGUAAAUGAUUUCCCGUCAAUCUUUAUAAGAGCCCCUGUUGUUUCAAAAAUCUUAAAAACGAGUUCAUCAGAUGAAAUAAUAACAAUGAAAGAAACCAUUAAAAAAGUCAAUGAAUCACCCGUCAAAAUCUUAUAUCAAUUAGAUAACGGUCUUAUUGUGGCUGUUAGACAAGGAAACAUUCUGGGAACCUCUUUCCAUCCAGAAUUGAGUGAUGAUUGUAGGUUUCAUAAAUGGUUUAUUGAUGAGUUUGUGCUUCAAAUUUGA